GUCCCCUCCACCAUUCAGUUAUACACAUGUGAUGAUAAAUAUUUACCGUAUCACUAUAGCAAAUUACUAGACACAAAUUUCAAGACAGGCAAACGCAAACACAUAAAUACAAUGCCUUACAAAGGGCUAUCAGAAUCUGAUAAGCUUACUAUACGCAGGAUUAAAGCUUCAAUUGGGUUCAACAGCAUAUCUGAUGCGCACAUCAUCGUGCAGCCUGAGCGCAAGGAAGUGGGCAACCAUACGAAUAUUAGUCUGAGACAAGGUGCCAACAACGAAGCUGACAGUACUGAGGAAGGGUCACGCAGUUGGUCCUCAUGCAAGUCAUUUAAAAGCAAGCAACUUGGCAAGACAAACGAAGAAAAAGUUCAAUACACAAGCCCAUCUCGCAGCGAUGAAGGGGAUGACAACGAAUGUACUAGUUCGGGAGCCGGUUCACAAAAACGUAUGCCAGCACAAACACAUUCUCGGGUGCGUCGAAACAUAUCUCAACUCAGUAGACCCUUUGUUUGUGAGUACAAUCGGUGCGGCCGCGCCUACACAACCAAACACUCGCGGCAACUACACUACCGUUUGAAGCACCCACACGGAGACGGUGCAUUCUCUAAUUUGGUGCCAUCUUCGGCUGAAAGUACGAUGCUCAAGUGUUGUCCGCCACCUUCUAAUACGCAUAAAUUAACAAAAGGCAGACACAUCAGCAAUAACUUACCCGUUUCAUCACAAGGCUUUGCUGCCGCCAGAAAUCAGAAUCAACAAGCAAUAGUAGGUUGCCGACAAGAUUCAGGUUCCAACAAUAUGCAGCAAUCGCCUCAAAAUGCACAAAGAAAUACUGGUUCAAUUCCAACCGAUCGUAUGAGUAACACUGGACAAUACACUAUCGCAGCUAGUGUAGAUUGUUCUCAACACCCUCUACGUCAAGUUUCAUAUCCAACCUCAGUCGUACAGGUCAAUGAUCGACGUACACAUAAUUAUGGACAACCUUACACAAGCGAACGACCUAUAAUGCUUGACUACUCGGCAGCUGCUGGGCAGGAAUGGGAUCAGAGAUGUGGACCCCUGUGUGGAAAUAGCUCUUCCAGUGGAAGGUUAACGAAAACACCCCUGGCCCAUUUGCAUGCUAAGCGCGACAUAAGCCACACUCGUAGGCGAAAGCAAGGGCGAAAAAGGGCGAGAGAAAGUGAUCGCCGAAUGGGAAUAGCACAGUGUCCGAUUCACACAGUCAAUCAAGCGCCUCCUCCUUGUGAAGAAGCGUGCUGUCAGGGAGCGUACAAUGAUUUUGGCGGCAUGUCUACCGCAAAGGAUGUGAUGAGACCUUCGUCGGGAAGCCUAUCUAGAAUUGAACGACAAUCAUCAGAUGGUUCUCGUUUCGCAGAUUAUGCUUAUGUGCCUUCAGUGGACUAUAGACAAUCCCACUCUGGUCCAGUUGACAGACCCGCGCAGUACUACGCCAAACCGAUUAGCAACGGCUUGGCUUUUGAUCGCGGCCAUGGUGCUCGAGUUACAGAAAUGCAAAAUUUUCCUGUUUCAAAUAUGAUUUGUACACCAGUACCUCUUGGGUUUGAGCCUCAAUCGAAGUGUCAAGCGCAUGCACAACAAGAGCAAAUGUCUAGCAACCAAGGACAUCAAAUGUGGAUACCAGUACUCGAGCAGACGUAUAUGAAUGAUAAAAAUUACUCGGCAUUGCAAUACGGUAACCCGGGAAGAACACCGGCAACUGAAGUACAGCUAUCUACAACCCCAUCAGUGCGGGAAUACUCGGAUAUUCGAAAUGCUGGUGUCAGCUAUCCCCGUACCAGUAGUGUGACAACCCCAUCAGUGCGGGAAUACUCGGAUAUUCGAAAUGCUGGUGUCAGCUAUCCCCGUACCAGUAGUGUGUGAAGAGGCCAAGGUAUCGCCGGCUAUUCUUGUAGAAUGGAUGGCCCUAUGGAUUGAAAUCUUCCCGCAUCAAACAUCGUGCCUUAGAGACUUUUAUUGUGUGACAAUCAAAAUCUAUCUUUGAGCCUGAUCCGGAGAGGCAUUGAACGGGUUGUACCUGUGAGGCAUUACAUUUUUACACACUCAAGAGUAUACUCGCAACACAUCAAAAAUACAAACAAUCAGAGAAUAACCGAUAUUGAUAAUAUUAGAACCUGCAGUUGUACUAGUCUUAACAUUGGCUUUGCUGUCAAUAUCAAUUACCUACCUCGCCAGGAAUCUCGUAAAUAAAGGCAUACUAAAAAUGUG